CUCCUCCUCCUCCGCUCCCGAACCAACCGGAAUGAACAGAGCGCCGAGCGGGUGCGAGAAGAGGCUGAUGUCGUUAUCCCGAUUGGCGACCGAACCGCGUUCCCUAAUAAGAUGUAUUCCAUCAGAACAUAAAAAUGGAUUUGGGGAAAGGAAAACUGCUGAGAACUGGCCUCAAUGCCUUAUACCAAGCCAUACAUCCUGUGCAUGGGAUUGCUUGGACUGAUGGAAAGCAAGUGAUCCUGACUUCGUUAUAUCAGCAUAAUGGAGAACCUAAAUUUGGCAACUCGAAUGUUGUUGGCCAGUUUGAACACGUUCACGGACUUUACUGGGCUCCAUCUUGUGCCCCAGAUCUCCCUGCACUCCUUGCUAUCCAACAUAAAAAACACAUCACCAUGUGGCAGCUAUGUUACAGUGUUUCUGAAAGAAACAAACUGAUGGUUUAUCAAAUCAGCGAAAUUGGCGAGCUGUUUCCCAUACUUCCUCAGGGCUGUGUGUGGCAUCCGAAAAAGGAAAUCUUGGCUGUGCUUACUACACGGGACACCUCUGUGCUACACUCUGUUCGCAUCAACAACUCCAGAAUCAAAGCAGAUAUUAAAAGCAGUGCUCUCAUCCACUGUGCUUGCUGGACUGAGGAAGGCAACCGCUUGGUGGUUGGGAUAGGAAGUGCCCUCCAUUCCUACAUUUGGGAUGAUGAACAGAAAACUUUGAAUGCAUGCUCUUUUUGCCCAGUAUUUGACGUGGGAGGCUACAUCUGUGCAAUCGAAGCGACAGUAGGUUCUCAAGUGGCGGUUGCUACCGAACUUCCACUAGAUAAGAUAUGUAGCUUAAAUGCGGGCAUUUCGUUUGAAAUGCCAUCUGAGGCUGUCAGAAACUCCGUUCCCUCACAGACAUCCUCGUCGGGCUGCAAAGAAGAGCUCUCUGUAGACAGUGGGAAAAAGUUAACAGACCAAGAAAAACCUGGGUCCAUUGUAACGUCUACAUCUUCGUCGGUGGAUCUAACCCAUCUCACUGCGAGCAAGCAGCAAUCUGAUAACAAUUCUCUCAUUCAUCUAAGAACUAAGGAUUACUUAACAGGAAGUGGCCAAGAUGCCUCACACCUGAUCUUGGUGACUUUUGAAAGAAAAGUGACAGCUACCAAAAAAGUCAGCAUCUCAGGGAUUCUGGUCCCAGACAUAAUGACUUUUGAUUCAAAAACUCAGACUGUGGCAGUGGCGUCCAACACUUGUAAUAUAAUUUUGGCUUACUCUUUAUCUUCAUCUCACUUGCCUAACAUUCAACAAAUUCAACUGGAGAAAAGUGAAAGGCCAAAGGGAUUGUGUUUCCUGACAGAUAAGCUAUUGCUGAUACUGGUUGGAAAACAGAAAUUAACAGACCCGGCGUUUCUUCCAUCGUCACGCUCAGACAAGUACAUUCUCCGUUUGAUGGUCAAAGAAAUUGUGUGCAAAGAAGACACUUCUGCCCUUUCAGGGACUACCCAGGUUUGCUUUGCAAAUGUACCUGUAAAAAAAGAGGGCAUAGAAAUUCAUUCUUCAGAGCCUCAUGUACUGUGUGAUGGAUUGCUGCUGCCAAGUUGCACAGGAAUCCAGUCUCCUAGAAACAGAAGACAACUCAUAGAAGAAAUUAAGAGCCCUGCUAAUGAGCAAAGCGUGCUGACCAAUGCAGUUGACUUCCAGGAGAGAAAGAUUUCCAGGGACUUCCCUCAAGUCCUGGGAAGUUUGGAUGCUGAACCAACAAAUCGUUCACUUGUUCUUCAAGGAAUCGAAACCUCUUCAGGAUUAUCAAACGUAUCCAUUUCACCAGACAAGCAUCUGCAUAGUUCUACUGAUAUGUCAAAUUCCUCAAAAACAAACUUGCUGCAAAUUGAUAAAGAACCCUCUUACACCUCUAAGCAUCUGGAAAGGCUGUGCUGCAGGUUUGCAGAAUUGCAGCAUCAGCUUUUUGAACUAACUGAGCUUUUGAAAUCGGGGAAAAAAACUCUGCCGGGGUAUCCAUCUUCACGUUCUCCCUCUUUUGUUAACAUCACUUAUCAGAAGGAUUGUUCCGGAACUGUUACACCUGAGAAGCGAGCUAUUAUCCUCUGCGAUGGCAAACUUCGUCUAAGUCUAAUUCAGCAGAUUUUCAACCUGAGUCUUGUUGAAAUGCAGCAUGGUUUGUCCUGGAUUGUGCUCACUUCAGACAACGAAGGUUUUAUUCCAUUAACAUUUGAUGCCCUGCAGGAGAUAGUCAUAAGGGAUGCCCACUCUAGUGAUAUUGCCAGCUGUAAUGAUAGCAGCACUGGUUCUUCCAAAACACUGAAUGCUAUCAGUUCCAUAGGUGGAUACCGGAAGCUGUCCUCACAAAGUCUGGAUUGUGAUAACAGUUCUAUGGAAGUAAUGGGAGAACAUUCUUCUCAGUGUCUAGUACAGAGCAAUUCUUCAGGCCAAACCAGUACGGCUUCAUAACCAAAUUAAAGUCGUUCCAUCAGGACAGUUAAGACUGAAAGUUUUUACUGACCAUAAUUAAAAGUUGCAUUUUCAUGAGGGUGGGGGGAGGGUUCCCUGCUUUUACAAUCCUAUGGUGUUUCACCAUUUUGUACAUCUUACCUUGUUGGUCUUUUUUAAAAUAUAAUUUACAGCUCUGCAAACUUCAGGUUAUUUUAAUAAUGGAUCCUGGUAUAAUUUUGUAGACCACAUCCACAAGUUUAUUCAGUCUCUUAUUUUAUUUAUUUAUAAAAAGUAAAAAAUGCCAGGGCAGUGUAUAGCAACAACCCUAUUUAUUAACAAAUUUAUAUUUUCAGAUUUCCUCACCAAUUAUGCUUCUCUACUAAACACAAAAUCAAAUUUUAUCCAGAGCAUAGGUCUUCAGGGGGUUUUGUCAUUAGAAUUUACUCAGGAGACAUCUCAGUUGCAUAAACACACUGAAAACUAUGUUACUGGUGGUGUUUAUGAUUCUAGAAGCGGAAAUCAAAACUGGCUCAUAUUUAUUGCUGUGCCAUAUAACACACUCCUCCUGCUAUAGUUUCUGUAUUGUUAUACUAAUGUAUUUGUAUUUUACCAGUGCCUGGAAAUUCCUAUGCACUUGGAACAAGUGAUUAUUUAAAUCCACUUACAGAACUAUAAGAAUCAUGGUAAGAGUAACUGCAUCUAACCUUAAUGUAUCUUAACUGAAGUCUUCCUUCAAAAUGUCUAAGAGUAUGCAUGUAUCGAAGAUAAACAAUUCUAAGCUAUAAUAAAAAGUAGAUUUGUUUAAU